GACAUCACAGAAUAAACCCCACGGGUCACCCAACCCCGCCCUGGCUGGUGUCUGGCCCUCAGGACAUCCUCUCCAAUCCACCACACACCACCUUACCCCUCUGCUGGCAAGAGGGGACCUGAUUCAUCCUCACGCUAAACACUCAUUCUACCCAACUGAUUGAGACAGAACAGAAGAUAAACUGAAACUUCUCUGCCUUCCCGCUCCAAGAGUGAAUGAGCGAUCCCUCUCAACUGACUCAAAAUGUUUGCCUCACCCAGGAGAUGGAGCUCGCGAAGGCCUUCUCUGGCCAGCGGACACUCCUAUCUGCCAUCCUCAGCAUGCUAUCACUCAGCUUCUCCACAACAUCCCUGCUCAGCAACUACUGGUUUGUGGGCACACAGAAGGUGCCCAAGCCCCUGUGCGAGAAAGGUCUGGCAGCCAAGUGCUUUGACAUGCCAGUGUCCCUGGAUGGAGAUACCAACACAUCCACCCAGGAGGUGGUACAAUACAACUGGGAGACUGGGGAUGACCGGUUCUCCUUCCGGAGCUUCCGGAGUGGCAUGUGGCUAUCCUGUGAGGAAACUGUGGAAGAACCAGCACUGCUCCAUCCCCAGUCCUGGAAACAAUUUAGAGCGCUUCGGUCCAGUGGUACAGCGGCAGCAAAAGGGGAGAGGUGCCGAAGUUUCAUUGAACUUACACCACCAGCCGAGAGAGGUGAGAAAGGACUACUGGAAUUUGCCACGUUGCAAGGCCCAUGUCACCCCACUCUCCGAUUUGGAGGGAAGCGGUUGAUGGAGAAGGCUUCCCUCCCCUCCCCUCCCUUGGGUUUUUGUGGCAAAAAUCCUAUGGUUAUCCCUGGCAACGCAGAUCACCUACAUCGGACUUCAAUUCAUCAGCUUCCUCCUGCUACUAACGGACUUGCUACUCACUGGGAACCCUGCCUGUGGGCUCAAACUGAGCGCCUUUGCUGCUGUUUCCUCUGUCCUGUCAGGUCUCCUGGGGAUGGUGGCCCACAUGAUGUAUUCACAAGUCUUCCAGGCGACUGCCAACUUGGGUCCGGAAGACUGGAGACCACAUGUUUGGAAUUAUGGCUGGGCCUUCUACAUGGCCUGGCUCUCCUUCACCUGCUGCAUGGCAUCGGCUGUCACCACCUUCAACACGUACACCAGGAUGGUGCUGGAGUUCAAGUGCAAGCAUAGUAAGAGCUUCAAGGAAAACCCGAACUGCCUACCACAUCACCAUCAGUGUUUCCCUCGGCGGCUGUCAAGUGCAGCCCCCACCGCGGGUCCUUUGACCAGCUACCACCAGUAUCAUAAUCAGCCCAUCCACUCUGUCUCUGAGGGAGUCGACUUCUACUCCGAGCUGCGGAACAAGGGAUUUCAACGAGGGGCCAGCCAGGAGCUGAAAGAAGCAGUUAGGUCAUCUGUAGAGGAAGAGCAGUGCUAGGAGUUAAGAGGGUUUGGGGAGUAGGCUUGAGCCCUACCUUACACGUCUGCUGAUUAUCAACAUGUGCUUAAGCCAA